AUGGAGAAUAUGGAGCUGUUUUUUCUCCUCUGUCUGGUUCUCUGUGUUUCAUCUGAUGGUCUACAUGACAGUUUCAGGUUUAUUGCGUGUACAGACACUGAAGGGUUCAACAUGAUAACACUGGAUGAUGAAGAAGUUUGGCACGCUGACUUUAUCCAACAAAAAGGAGUUGAUACCAUGCCAGACUUUGUCAGCCAUCCAAGCACUGAGGGAUUAUUUGAGCAAUCUGUAGGUCAACAAGAACUCUGCAAAUAUAACCUGAAGAGGAUCCGUAAGGGUUUGAAGGACAUUCCUGAUGCAUUCGAUGCUCCCUCCGCCCUGGUCUACAACGCUAACAGUGUGGAGCUAGAAGAGAAGAACAUCCUGAUCUGUCAUGUCUCUGGUUUCUAUCCUGCUCCUGUAAACGUCUCCUGGACCAAGAACAACCAGAAGGUGACUGAAGGAACCAGCAUCAACGUUCCCUUUCCCAACAAGGACAGCACCUUCACCCAGAUCUCCAGACUGGACUUCAUCCCUCAGCUGGGAGACGUCUACAGCUGCUCAGUGGAGCAUCCAGCCCUACAGGAACCACUGAGCACAAUAUGGGAAGUGGAGCUGGACAGUCCUCAGCCCAGUAUUGGACCAGCUGUGUUCUGUGGCGUCGGUCUGACGGUGGGUCUUCUUGGUGUGACCGUUGGAACCUUCUUCCUGAUCAAAGGGAACGAGCUGAUUGGUCGAAGCUGAUGGGUCCAAAGACCUGCCAGUCUUCUGCUGUACCAGUGAAAGGAUCAGGACCUAGUUCUGACCCAAACACUGCUCCCCCCAUGGUGGAUUCUUCUGUUACCUCCUCAGAUUCUCUCAGGCCUUCUUUAGGACCCAUGGUUAAUGUGAACACUAUAAUCUUUAAAUAUAAGUUUCUGGAUGUUCUGGAACAUGUUUCUCUGAAAUGCCUCAAAAAGUCCAACUGAUGUAAUCUUAUUUAAAGACAAUGAAGGUGCUUUCUUUGGUUUAGUGAUUAAAUCAACUUCUCUGCUGUCAGACUGCUAAACACUUUAUAAAUA